CGAACCGGUGGCGGCGGAUUCCCCGCCCGUCGGGCGUCGGGCUGCUCGAGGAUGCGAGGUCGGAGCAUGGCGCGGCUGCUGGGGGUAGUUAUCCUGCUGGCGGCUUCUGUCUCCUGCAAUCGCACCUUCCCAGAACCCAACAUAUCUUCCAAAGGAAGAAGUCUUAUUGGUAGAUUGAACACUGCCCCUCCAAUCAUUGGGAAAGGAGUGACAGUGGGACCAGGCUUCUCUGUGGAUGAGUUUUCUACAUCUGUCCUCACUGGGAAGCUGACUACCGUCUUUCUUCCAGUUAUCUACACCAUCGUAUUUGUGAUUGGCUUGCCUAGUAAUGGCAUGGCCCUCUGGGUCUUCCUUUUCCGGACAAAGAAGAAGCACCCUGCUGUCAUUUAUAUGGCCAAUCUGGCCUUGGCAGACCUCCUCUCUGUCAUCUGGUUCCCCCUGAAGAUCGCCUACCACCUUCAUGGCAACAACUGGACCUAUGGGGAUGCUCUUUGCAAAGUGCUCAUUGGCUUUUUCUAUGGCAACAUGUACUGCUCUAUCCUCUUCAUGACCUGCCUCAGUGUACAGAGGUACUGGGUCAUUGUGAACCCCAUGGGGCACCCCAAGAAGAAGGCAAACAUUGCUUUCGGUGUCUCCCUGGGAAUCUGGCUCCUGAUUCUAUUGGUCACCAUCCCUCUGUAUGUCAUGAAGCAGACCAUCUACAUUCCAGCCCUGAACAUCACCACCUGUCAUGACGUGUUGCCUGAGGAGGUGCUGGUUGGGGACAUGUUCAAUUACUUCCUCUCCCUGGCCAUUGGUGUCUUUCUGUUCCCGGCCUUCCUCACUGCAUCUGCAUAUGUGCUCAUGAUCAAAACACUCCGGUCUUCUGCCAUGGAUGAACACUCGGAAAAGAAGAGGCAGAGGGCCAUCAGACUCAUUGUCACCGUCCUGGCCAUGUACUUGAUCUGCUUCACUCCUAGUAACCUUCUGCUUGUGGUACAUUAUUUCCUGAUUAAAAGCCGAGGCCAGAGCCAUGUCUAUGCCCUCUACCUCAUUGCCCUCUGCUUGUCCACCAUCAACAGCUGCAUCGACCCCUUUGUCUAUUAUUUUGUUUCCCAAGAUUUCAGGGAUCACGUGAAGAAUGCCCUUCUUUGUCGAAGUGUCCGCACUGUGAAUCGCAUGCAAAUAUCCCUAAGUUCCAAGAAGUUCUCUAGGAAAUCAAGCUCUUAUUCUUCAAGUUCAACCAGUGUUAAAACCUCCUAUUGAGCUGUACCCUAGGAUAUGGAACCUGCUUAAUGUUCUGUGCGUAGGUGGAAAUGGGGCUGCCAUUUCCUAGGCAAGCUGGUCUCAGCACAGAUCAUAAACAUGCAGCUCCUCCUAAGAGUUCCGGAAACUUCUUUGCGUGAGAAAAGUCCCCUACUUUAAUUACCCUGGAUAUCAGUAUCAGAAUUCUGCUACUCAGAUGUCCCAGAAACUGAACUGAUAGAAACACAUUUGUCAGGAGGUGACAAGAAGACAUAGACUUGCAAAAACUAUACCUGGCAAGAUGACUAAGUUCCUAGCUGAAAUGACUUCUACAGUCCAUCAUAAUUUUGUAAGGACUUGAGGGUCCUCAGUCCUCAAGAGAGCAUCAGUGUAGUUGACUUUCACAGAUGUGAAAGAUGAGGAAACUGAGUGACGUUCCUCACUGGAUUUCCAAACAGUAACAGUGAGCUUGCAUUGGACAAUAGAAUUCAAAUGCUCAGUGAUCUUCAUUCUUGUAUCAAAACCACUGGGAGUUUUGUUAGAUAUGUGGGGUCCUCAGCUGACACUGACCUGAGUGGUGUUUAUGAACUCAAAGGUUUGAGAACCAGGGUCUGAGCACUGCUUCUUGCUAGGGAACCUUGGUAAGAUUUGAAAAGAAAGGCCAACAGGAAUGUUUUGUCUCUUAAUGGUCAGUAUAGAAUGAGAUUUGCCUUUUGGCUUAUUGGAAUUUUCAGUUACACUGCUACUCCUUUGAGUUUUUAUAUGUACAUUAUUCAAGAAAAAUAAAAUGAGGAUCUUAAACACGUGAAUACGAAUUUUAUAACUUUUUAUUGAUGUCAAUUUGAUUGUCUUGCCAACUACCACUAAUUUUUUUAAAUUGCUAUUUAAAUGUAUCAUACAAUAUGACGCUUUCCUGUAUGUAUGUCACUGUAGCCUGGGGUCGCCUCCCCCUGCUGUCCUUGUCCCCUUCCCUCCCCACCAAAAUACCUCCCCCAUCUGCUUUCACAUACCACUUAGUAUUUUUUAAAGCUAUCGUUGAAAUAUUUAUUGUCAGUUUUGUUCACCUGUUAUCAAAUAUGAAAUUAAAGUCUUCCGAGUGUGAACUACAUCCUUUUGUAAAAUAGCACAAACAAAAGCUACAUGCCUCGAAAUGUCUAUACCGUUAUAUUUGUGACUUAAAAAAUUAUUUUAUUGUAUGAUUCAUUCAUAAAUAACAUGACUUUGUUUUUACAACUCC